AUGCCCAAGCCGGAAUUCCAUAUUCGCCCGGGCACCUCCGACGACCUUCCGGCCGUAGUCGACAUCUACAUGGCUUCCUUUGGCCACGACUGGGCGGUCGAAAAGAUGCAACCUCACCGUCACGAGUUCCCAGAAGAUUGGCGUGCCUGGGCCCAUCGUUACUUUUACGCCCGGUACUGGGGACCCGAGCAGCAGCUCUUUUACGUGUUGGUCAUCCCGGACCCCUCAUCCGCCUCCGGCGAGCGGAUUACCGCGUUUGCGUGGUGGCGCCGGCCCUACCCCACGCCCGAAGAGAAGUCGGCAACGGAGGGUGCACUCACCGUCCGUGGCUGGCUCAAGCCGGUCCUCCUCGGCAUCAACUCGCUUUCGGGAUACCUUUGGCCGCCAAGGUCCAUCGAUCCGGCGAUGGCUGACAUUUUUGAUGACACGCACAUCGCAUCGGACCCGAUAAAGGAAGACCCAGAACACCCGAAGCGCAAGAACGCUUGGUACCUUUCCACGCUGGGUGUCUACCCGGAGCUCCAGGGCAAGGGGUACGGAUCGUUGCUUGUGAGGGAGGGUUUGCGACAGGUCGAUAAGGAAGGCGUGCCGGCGUGGCUCAUCGGCCUCGGAGGCGUCGAGCCCUUUUACGAGAGGCUCGGUUUCGUCGUCAAGGGGCGGGCGAACGUUGGCAGAUUGGCGGACUGGGAUGGCGGCGCCAUCAUGUACAGGGAAUAG